GCCACAUUUGGAGGCUGCCAUACUUAUUAACUUUGCCGUCGCUAGGACAUACCUAGGUAUUCUCAACAAUAUUCUCGUAUGUUACCUACGAAUACAUAGCCACUAUACGACAAGAUAUACAACUCAAGCGCAAGUCACAUACCCUGUAGUGUGUGCUAUUACUACGACUCUUCCUACUUGAGGAAAACCGCACAGUCCGAGCUAUACGCUAAAAAUCGACCAAUACCAACAAGAUGACGGCUCUACCUUAUGCUGUAGAUGCGGAAAGCCCGCUGAAGGAUGCGGAACUCCAAACGUUGCGCGCACAAUAUGAGAAGGAGGGCGAGAUGGCCGGUAUCCAAACAAAAUUCAACUAUGCAUGGGGCCUAAUCAAGUCGAAUACUCGAAGCGAUCAACAGCUAGGUGUACGUCUCCUCUCGGACAUAUUUCGAGUGUCGCCCGACCGCCGACGUGAAUGUCUCUACUACUUAGCACUAGCCAACUUCAAGCUUGGAAACUAUGGGGAGGCAAGACGCUAUAAUGAUUUGUUGCUGGAUAAGGAACCUGCCAAUCAUCAGGCGGCAGACCUGCGCAGAUUGAUCGAUGACAAGGUAACAAAAGAGGGCCUGAUGGGUGUUGCGAUCAUAAGCGGUGUCGCUAUUGCGGCUGGCGUGGUUGGUGGAAUCCUAUUCCGCGGCAAGAGGCGGUAGAAGCUUGGCGGAAGCCUCCAUAGGGAAAGCUUGAUAACAUGAUAGAUCACCGUAAGAGGUUGUUAAUACGGUUGUAUUGAACUGAUGGCGUUGUAACGGCUGGUGUCCGGGAGCCAUAUCCCUAUCAAUACAUGUUAUGGUAGUCUGCCUAAGACGUAGGUGUAAUCCUAGACUGUCGAGGCAAGGGAACGGUUUUACUGAAGCACUGGUGUUUGGGAUCUAGCAUCGUGGCAUUAUGCUACAGUACAAGUAUGUCGAUUUAUAUAUAAAUCACUCAGCUCUAUUUUUUAUUAGUGUCAAAUUCAUCGC